CGACUAUGGCGAGAAGGCGACGUUUGAGCAGACGUUUAAGGUCGAGAAGCCGCAGUGGAACGACGUGUGGGCGGGGAUCUUGCUGCUGAUCGUGUUCGCGGGGUUCACGGCGGUGUCGGGGAUCGCGUUACAUGGGUAUGCGGCGACGAAGGGGUUUAAUGGCGGGGGGAUCUAUGAUAGUGGGAACGACUUCUCGCUGAACACGAAUACGGUGGUGUUGUUUAUCUUUUGUUUGGCGGUGGCGAUCGUGCUGAGCUAUGCGUACGUGUGGAUGGCGCGGCUCUUUACGAAGCAGUUUAUCUGGAUUUCCGGGGUCUUGAACAUCGUGCUGGGAUUCGUGACGGCGAUCUAUAUGAUGGCGAGAGGGUAUUGGUCGGGGGGGAUUGUCUUCUUGAUAUUCGCCGUCAUUACUCUCUUCAUGUUCAUCUCGUGGCGGAAACGGAUUCCAUUCUCGACUCUGAUGCUCCAAACGACGAUUGACGUGUCCAAGACGUAUGGGCACGUCUACCUGGUCAGCUGGGUCGGUGGCCUCGUUUCGAUUGCGUUCGGAGCAUGGUAUUCCAUCACGCUCGUGGCGGUCUACGUUAAGUAUGAGCCUGGACUUAAUCCAGCAUGCUCUACAAACGGGGGAGGGUGCUCAACAGCCAAAGUGAUCGGGCUGCUAGUCUUCAUCACGUUCGCAAUGUACUGGAUCUCCGAAUGGCUCAAGAACACCAUCCACACCAUCAUCUGCGGCGUCUACGGCUCCUGGUACUUCUUCCCUCACAACCUACCCAAAGGCGCCACUACCGGCGCCUUCAAGCGCGCCGUGACCUACAGCUUCGGCAGCAUCAGCUUCGGCAGCCUCCUCCUCGCGAUCAUCAACGCCCUCCGCCAAGCCUGCUCCAUCGCCCAGAGAAGCGAGGGCGCGCAAGGAAACAUGGUCGGCUACGUCGCCUUCUGCGUCCUCGGCUGCCUCAUUGACAUGCUCAACUGGCUCGCCCACAUCUUCAACAAAUACGCCUUCGCGCACAUCGCCCUGUACGGAAAAGCGUACAUCCCCGCCGCCAAAGACACCUGGACGAUGGUGAAAGACCGCGGGAUCGACGCGCUCGCGCAGGAGUGCCUCGUCGGCCCGGUCCUCUCCAUCGGAUCCAUGUUCGUCGCGUACACGUGCGCGCUGCUCUCGUACCUCUACCUGGUCUUCACGCAGCCCGGGUACAACCGCGACGGGGGUUACACGCCGGUGGUGGUGGCGUUCGCGUUCCUGAUCGGGCUACAGAUCGCGAGCAUCGUCACCACGCCGCUGGGGAGCGGGAUCGAUGCGAUCUUCGUGGCGAUGGCGUGGAAUCCGGAGGCGUUGCGGCGGGAUCAUCCGGAUCUAUGGGCGCGCAUGGUGAGCGUAUAUCCGCACGUGCAACAGGCGAUUCGGGCCUGAGGGGAUCAUGGAUGGGUGGAAAUGGGACUGAGAAGGGGUUCGACAUUAAUAUUGCAUUUCGAGGAACAAUCAUGGCGAGAGCAUUUCUAGGAGUCAUGGAGAGGAGGAUCGGGCUUUGGCGCCUCAAUGUCGCAAUGUCACAAUCUCCCAAUGGACUUGUAAACGUACCUGGAACGAUAAG